UUUUCUUUUGGAACAACUCAGCUCAAGUGUUUACAGCUUUUCCCAAACUUCCCCAGCUGUCCCCCCUUGUCCUGGGAUGUUCUUCUUGAGCUGCACAUGGCCUUCUCACUUGGGCAAGUGGUCUAGAAACAGAAAUGAAACCUGAGCAAGAGAAAUGGGAGUGAAAGGCCUGAUAGAAUCAGAGAGCUACGAGACGGGCUCCGUGGAGACCAAAUUAGUAACAUGGAAUAAGAGCAGCUGUGUUUGGGAAGUCAGUGAGACUGCCAGUGCUUUGCACAAGUCACCUCCACAGCCCAGGACUGUCCUUACUUUGUAGUAAGGUCCAGUAGUAAAUUAAAACCCAGUGCACUUCCCAAGCUGUCAUUGAUAUCAUGUAAUAACUAAACAGCUUUUGGCUGUCAGAGGAUUCUGGGAACUGAAGUUCAAAACAUCUAGAAGCUGUAAUAUGGACAGCCCUGACAUAAAUUGUAACCCACUAUAUCAUAUCUUGACGUUCCACAUAAUCCCAUUCAUGUAAUGUAACCCCAGAAAAUAAAUAUAAUGUUGUGCAUACUGCAUAUAAGUGCCCCACCAAGAGCAGUUCCCAGGGCAGUUGCAGCUGUGUUUAUGGUAGUUGUGCUUCAGCAUACUUAGAGGGGUGGACAUAUUGUCCUAUUACAUGAAAUAAGCCUUCACUGCAGUCCUUGAGAAAGAGGUGCUGCACACUGACAGGAGGGAUUGUUUUGAAUCUCCCAAAAAAUUUUUUCUAUAAAACCCAGUCAAAAUGCAAUAUAACAUAAUAUAAGGCUUUGGCCUUAUAUCUUACAUGGGCCCUGUGUAUGGGGGGUUGCAGGUUCUCCUGAUGAGAAGCAUUGCCAAGCCCUGUGUAAUAUGGCAGCACUAUAAACAUGUUAACCAUGCCAUUUUUAUUAUAUAUUGACUCCUUUGGCUCUUCAUUUUAUUGGAGAUACAACUGCUGGCGCCCUUCUGCAGUUUUUGAACUGCAAUUCUCAACACUGUAUUGGAAAUUGUUAUCUGUCCCCCAGUUGCCAAUGCACGUCCUUCAUUGAUUUCCUGUAAUACGGGGUUAGGGGAAAAUAUCUGACUGGCUUGUUUCAUAUUUCCCAACAGCUCCAAGUGCCCUGGUUGGUAGUGCCCCGCCUGCCAGACUUGCCAGUGGUAAAGGGCACACACAUUGCCGCUCACACAGCACAUUAUAGAGGCAGAGGAAAGAUUGACUGCUGCUCCUCCCUCCCUUACUGGGGGGCUGAGUCUGAUCAGGUUACACUGCUCGCUAUGGAACAGGCAUCGCUGGCAGGCGAAGGGGUGAGGGACAGUUCAUAGGAAGAAGUCACUGUAGUGGGAUUGCUGGGCUCCCUCGCACAUACCCCUGCCGUGGGUAUAAUGGACUGCCCCUGACAUCUUUGCAGAGACUUUAUAAUGUGCCCGUUUCCCUGAGCAGCACCAGGAUGAAAUGACAUUCCCAGGCAUUAUCUCCUCGGCUCCUUGAGCCACUGCCAGCAGCAAAGGAUUUGGCAGCUAGCCACCUACUGGCAUCUUGGCACACGGGGCAUUGUCUUUCAUGGUUUCCCCUUCAUUUGGAACAUUUCAUGUGUGAAAGUUCCCGGGCUACUAAUGGGAUAAGUGGACUUGAGGAACGGGAUCUUGGCUACUGCUGCUGGUGCCAUUCUAGCCAAACUGGUUCUGGACUUUGAUGGGUCGGUGCCCAAUUGCAACUCUUGUUUAGAUCCUGUGCUGGGUGUUUUACCCAGACUGCCAUUCUAGAUGCUCCUCGGGGCAUCCUGGCUGUGCACCUCUAAAGGAGCCCAGAAGGCAUCCAGAGGGGAGGAAGAGGAGCGGAGAAGGGAACGGAGAGGCCGAAGGGAAGGGGGAAGCGGUGGUGGUGGCGGUGGAGAGAUGGACGAGUCGUCGCUGUUGGAUCUGUUGGAGUGCUCCGUGUGCCUGGAGAGGCUGGAUACCAGUGCCCGAGUACUACCAUGCCAACAUACCUUCUGCCGCCGCUGCCUGCACAGCAUUGUCAGCUCCAGGAACGAGCUGCGCUGCCCGGAGUGUCGCAUCCUUGUGGAGUGUGGGGUGGAUGAUCUGCCAGCCAAUAUCCUGCUGGUCAGGCUGCUAGAUGGCAUCCGCCAGAGACCUCGGGGUAGCCCUACAGGCAGCCCAACGGCGACUGGACAGCAUGGUAGCAGCAACAACAGCAACAAUCACAGCAGCAACUGUGGCAGCCCGGGGUGCUCGGCCGCCCACACAGCCAAUGCCUCCUGCACCAGCAGCCUGAGGGAUCUGGCAACUGCCAGCCAAAAUGCCCUCAUGCUGGCAAAGAAUAUCUCACAACUGCCCUGUGGAAGAGCACUUUAUGCCUAUGAGGGCAAGGAACCAGGAGAUCUAAAAUUUAAUAAGGGCGAUAUAAUAAUUUUACGAAGAAAAGUGGAUGAGAACUGGUACCAUGGAGAACUGAACGGAAAUCGAGGCUUCUUUCCAGCAAGCUACGUCCAAUGCAUAAAGCCACUGACUCAACCGCCACCACAGGGCAAAGCACUUUAUGACUUUGAAAUCAAAGAUAAAGAUCAAGAUAAGGAUUGCUUAACAUUUACUAAGGAUGAAAUUUUGACUGUAAUAAGACGUGUCGAUGACAACUGGGCUGAAGGAAUGUUGGGAGACAAGAUCGGUAUUUUUCCCAUCCUGUAUGUGGAGCUGAACGAAACAGCAAAACAGCUCAUUGAGAAGGACAAGAUGUGUUUAACAGCAGCGCAAGGCUAUGAGGUCCCUGUCUCAUUUGAUGCCAGCAUGUUAGUCAGUGUGACUCAAAGCCCUACUUUAAACAGUGCCGGAGCAGGCAGUGCCAACCAGAGGCACAUCGACAUCAAGAGGAAUACCAAGAAACGGCAUUCAUUCACUGCCCUGAGUAUGACGCACAAAUCCUCCCAUGCCAUGAAUAACAGGCAUUCCAUGGAAAUUAGUGCACCAGUAUUGAUCAGUUCUAGUGAUCCCCGUGCUGCUGCCAGAAUCGGAGAAUUGACUCAGCUUUCAUCCAGUGCUCCAGCCCAGGAUUCCUCUGCAUUUGGCUCUUCGUCUGUGGCUGGUGCAGCAGGUCCAAAAACAGGCACGGUUAUUGGAGAGCAAGGAACAUCACCAAAGAUUCAGUUGCCCCUCAACAUAUACUUAGCUCUUUAUGCAUACAAACCACAGAAAAACGAUGAACUGGAGCUGCGCAAAGGUGAGAUGUACAGAGUCAUUGAGAAAUGUCAAGAUGGAUGGUUCAAGGGGACAUCUCUACGGACCGGGCAGUCAGGGGUAUUUCCAGGCAACUAUGUCACUCCUGUUUCCAGAGUACCUGCAGGGCUUGUUCAUGCUAGGAACUGCACCAUGGGGGCUUCACACACAACUAGAGGGUCUCCACUGGCAGUCCAUACAUCUACAGGUGGGACAACAAACUGUACUAAUGUCGUCAGACCGAUCCUCCCUAUUACUGUGCCUCAACUACACCCCCAUCAGUCACCAACAAACUCCAGCAACAUGAAGAUUUCAGCACAACACCAGGCCCGCAGCACAAUACAGAUGGGCCAUUCUUCAGCACAGCCCCAGGAAAGGCCCACAGCCACUGUGUCACCUCUAAGGACUCAAAGUUCUCCAUCACGUCUUCCAGCUAACUUAAAUAGGACACAUUCUAUUGUAUCUCCACAACAUAUUCAGCAAUCUGGCUUACCAUCUCCUCCUAUCCACUGUGCAAGGCCGGUCAUUCCAUUGACAUCUGCCGCAGCAGCUAUAACACCUCCAAAUGUCUCUGCGGCAAAUUUAAAUGGUGAGGCUGCUAAUGGACCUAUCAGCUUGCUGACUGGCAGCCCUACAAACACAGGCUGUAGAACAGACGAAAGGAAAACUGAAAAGAGAGAGAAGAAGAGUGGACUUCUGAAAUUGUUAGUUGGAGCUUCUGCAAAAAAGAAAUCUCGAUCUCCACCCUCCAUCUCGCCAACUCAUGACCCUCAGGUUGUGGUAGAAGGAAUGAUACAAGGAGCGGUGGGACUGGAGCUGUCCUCUAUGAACAGCCAUGGCAGGGCAGGAUCGUGUCCGCUUGAAAGUGAAAUGCAAGGAGCGAUGGGAAUGCAUCCCUUGCACAGAAAAACUGGCUCUUUAGAUCUUAAUUUCUCAUUUCCUUCACCAGUAAGACAACCUGUUUCUGCAAUGAUUGCUGUCCGACCUGAGCCCAAAACUUUAUUCAGGGAGAGGUAUCGGGUUGUUGUGCCAUACCCACCUCAAAGUGAAGCAGAAAUUGAGCUGAAAGAGGGAGACAUUGUUUUUGUUCACAAAAAACGAGAAGAUGGUUGGUAUAAAGGCACUUUGCAAAGAAAUGGAAGGACAGGACUUUUCCCUGGAAGCUUUGUAGAGAGUUUCUGAUGGCUGCUCUCAAAAGUAAUUGUAUGGCUUCUAAUACAAAACAAAAGAGAAGGCACCAACAUGAAACUGUAAUCGCCUGAUUGGAAAAUCUUGUAAUGUGCUGGUGAUGUAAGAGAUGUUCCUAGAGCACAAGUCAACAAACAAAAGGGGUGCUUUAUUGUUUUCAUUUUGACUUCCAAAGAUGGGCUUGGACCCUCGAUUCCUACACCUGAAGAAAUGCAGUGAUAUAAAUGUCCUUCACUAAGAUGGGACUGGGUGGAAAAGUAGUGCCUUCCUCUUACAAUCAGUGGCUGAGAGGAUUCCCAUUUUGAUGCUGUUUGCUAACAAUAAUAUAUUGAUGACGAAUGAAAUGUUUUAUGUAUAUUCUACCCUAACUUAUUUGUCUAAACUGCAGUGUUCUUAUUACUUGCCUAUGCAAGAAGGAAUAGGGAGAAUGGACAGGUUAUAAAUAAGUCAUGUAUUGUACUGCAGACUUUCUUUUGAUGGACAUGGUAAUUCAGAAACAGCAAACUAACUGGUUUUCUCAUUGUCUUGCAGUCUGCAACAGUUUAUAUAAACAUAGUGGGGACUAACUACAUUUGUUUGUGUGAUGUCUGUUUUGGGAGAUAAUAUAUUUAAUUAUUUGUCCUUGACUACACUAUAGAAUAUUACAUUGUA